AUGUCUUCCGAUCCUAGUUCAGAACCUGCAUCAGAGCCUGCGGUGGGACCUGCGGAAGAGCCUGCGGUAGAAAUGGAUGUAGAUGAGCCCGAGGUCGAAGAACCUGUUGAACAACCUAAGGCAGAACCUACAGCAGAUUCAUUCACCACUCGGUUCGAGCGGAUCGAGGCUGCAGGAUUGUAUGGCUUUACCGACUUCGAGACCGCCGGCUUUCACCAUUCUGCGCCGUACUUCAUCUCUCUUUAUUCGAGUCUUAUAGAAUUACUCGGCGAUAUCUCCAGAGGAAUGUCUAAGGAUAUUACUGGUGCCGAGCGUGAGCUUUUCGAUAGAGGUGUUAAAUUUCUUGACGUCUGUUACGACUUCGUACGGGACAAUUCCGAAGAUCUGCUCAAGUUCAGGAGCUUCCAUUAUAAGCUAUGGACUCGCCUCGAAAACUUCUCUUCACAUCCUUUUACCUCUUUAAAUACAAAUAUUUCGAAGCAUAUUACGAGAAUGACAUUCUUGGCUAGUGACAUCGCACCCCCAGCAGCGCAAUCGUGGAACGGUGACACCCUACCCGAGCAUAAAAGAUUUAUGAGGGCCUAUGACGAAUUCAUUGGUCUUGAAACGAAAGAACUUCGGAAUGAUGCAGAUCGCCGUGAACUUAUUUUCUUCUCACAGGAGAUCCUCGAUCAGGCACUGCUCGGUCUUCGUAUGCCUAUGGUUUCUAUACAGAUACACAAAGAAUUGUUUCGCGAGGGCGGGCGCCCAACGUACAUUGAUUACCCAUUCGACGCGGAUGAAUGGUUAUACGGGUUAGGGCAACGGCCAGGAGUACUGGAUCUGAAGCUGAAGCUUGGCGGGAAGCUUACCCCUGAAGAAGAGGAGAGGAAGAAGCAGGCCCAGGAGGAGCCCAAAAAAAGACAUCUGUCGUCGUCUGAAUCAAGCCAGCCAGGCCCCAAGAAGUCACGUUUGCUUGAAAACUACACCAUAACUAUGGAGAAUGUCAACGCCGAUAUCGAAGAUGUCUAUAGCGACGCAGCCUUUAUGGAUGUAUUUGAGAGGCCUGUGCACCAGAGACUUGUCAACCCCACUGUUGAGAAUCGGGAGGACACUUUAAACAGUUACGCACCUGAGUUCUCUAAGAGAUUGAGGCUAUGCCGUAGAAAUUAUUACAGACCCGAAGCACCCCCGACCUCUCAAGAACGACGAGAGAAACUUCUCCAACAGAUGGAUAAUGACAUACCCCGACUUCGAGCUGAAAUACACGAGAAGAGCGAAAUUAUCACUAGCCCUUCUAAGUUAAAGGAAGCAAGGGUGACUGCUUAUACUCUCAAAUUUGUCCGGUCGCUUUACAUGAAAUUAGUCCUAUCAGCAACGCCAGAACCGUCGUCUGAUGUGAUGAACAAGGCACUUAGAGAUCGUCUUGACGACUGGAUACUACACGAGCAGGCCUGGAACGCGGCUGACGAAAGGGCCAUUAAUAACUCUCGUACGGCUACUAGUAGGAGAAGUUGGCUGAUGAGGUUCGUCGACGCCAGAAACGAGAACAUCGACAAGUGGUGGAUUCUCCGAGACCAGCUAGACUGGCAAAUUAAAGCCCAGGCCAAACGUGAGGCCGAGGCCUCGAAUAGCCAAGCAGGGGGAGAUUCGGAGGCGCCUGAGGGUUCCGGAAACGCCGCAGCGGCCAAACAAGCCCCAGAGGCCGCGAAAGCUGCCAAACCAACUCCGGUUUACUGGGUUGAGCCCCGGAAGCCGAGCAGGACGGUUUUCUUCGACGAGAGAGCCGAGCGACGGCGUGAGGACCGCGCCAGAGCGCUCGCUAAGGAGAGGCUUAUGGGACCGCCCCGGCCAGGAGAGUCGUACAGCAAUGAAGCUCAAUAUCGUCUAGAAGACGAGCUCAGUGCCAAACUAGCCAUCAGCUUCCCGUCUCAGGGGGGACCACCUAAGUUUAAGGAGAUACCUAAGGAAACUAUUUACGACAAGAUUAUAUACAUACUUGUCAUGACGCAUUGGAGGUUUUAUCAGGGGCUGUCUGUCAUAUGA